GAAAAAUCUCCAGGCAUCAAUUGUGCGGAAGCACUGCUGAUGUCGACUGUACGCGUUGAAGGUUUGAGUGUUGAUAAAAUGUAAACAAUAGAGCAACCACAAGUGUUAAUGCAAUUCAAUGUGCGGGAGUGCGCGCGAUUUCUUCGUAGUGGGCAUUUCAAUUACGUGGAGUGUCCGUAAGUUCCAGUCGAAGAUUGGGAAGAUUCUUGGGAAGAUUUGCAAUUACGGAAACUUCUUAGCGGAUUUUAAAACAUGUUAAUAAUUCUCGAACGUACUUUAGUGUUCUUUGUAAAAUAAAUGACCUGACUACUGUGCUCUGGCAAUGGAACAGCGUGUCUUAGUAGUCUUGGAGACAUGGCAACGGAAGCAGAAGCAGCGGAGCAUCAAUUCAGGGCCGCGAAGCUACGACGGUAAGGGUGCGAGGGAGAGCUUGGGGCGCCUGCUGCUGCCGCUGUCCUUCUGGUGCACCGUGUACGCGCUCUGGGCCGUCCCGCUGUGGUGCACGCGCGGCUGGUGCUGCUGCUGUUGCUACUGCUGCUGCCACUUCUGCCGCCCCGACGCUUCCCUGGACGAGAUCUGCAUGGGCGGCGAAAUCUAG